AAACCACGCCUUACGGCUCACUCCAUAGACAAACUUACUCCAUUCUUGUUUACAAUGGAAUUGUCAAUUUGUUUUGAGUAAUUUCAAUUUCACAUUAAAUAUUGGAAACAAAUUCUUCGAGAAUAAUUUCCUUUAUAACGAUUGAUUUUAAUAGUUUGAAAUUCUAAGAUAAUUUUAUUUAUCUUUCUCAUUAAACAUAGUCAGUUGAAAAAGUGAAAUUUUUAGAGUAAUCAUGGAAGAUGAUCAUGCAGAAUUAUUGCAAAUAACAGAUGAUGAAUCCUCAGAUACAGAGGAUCAAGAUCAUGAGCAUUGUAGCUCAACAGAAACUCCGGAGGAUGACAACUAUUUGGGAAAUUGUAGAUAUCCUAUUACUACCAGCUAUUCCAAAUGUGAAUUCAUAACAACAAAAAUUGCACUUUUGUUCUCUUCAGCUUCUCUUAUGAUUUUACUCCCUGCAUACCUCGAUUCGAUGAAUGUGAAAAGUGAUGCAUAUACUUUGAUUUUACUGAAUUCAAGUUUCAGUAUUCUUUUUCUCGACCUGAUAUUUCUCAUUGGAAAAUUUUUUUUCAAAUCUUACAAAAAUUUGUGGAUAACUAAUUAUCCCAUCAAGUUAUCCAAGUUGAUCGUUUUAUCGUUUCUGUAUACAUCAAGCGUAUUUCUGAUAAUUUAUGCUGUAGAUAGGAAGAGAGUUAUGUGCCAUCUACAAGAUCCUAUGAAAGGAACCAUUCUUGUUUUCUCUUUACUUUAUUACUUCAUUUUUUGUAGGAAAUUCAUGGGUUUACAACGAAUUUUCUCUGCUACUACAAUUAUUGUUGGCCUCUUUAUUGCAGUUGAUUAUGGUCUUUGUGAUGAAUUCAGAUGCAGAGGUUAUGAACGGGUUCGCGUUUCAGAUGAUACAGGAAAUUGGCCUUGGAAAACUCACACUACUUGGAUUGUAGUAUAUGUUGUAGGGUUGGCACUUUUUUCAGGAUUCUACACCCUGCUGGAAAGAUAUUUACUGAUAACAGAAACUAAUGAUAUUCCACCAUCAAAUAAUACCCCAUCACUCUUAACUACAAUAUCUAGAACUGUAGCUUUUCCCAUAGUAGAUAACGGAGUUAACAUCUUUACCAACAAUGGUCAGUCAAUUAAUGAACGUAAUAGCAAAAUUUCAGCUGUGCAUAUUUCAUUAUUGAUACAUGUUCUUGGAUGGAUAAUGAUAGUUUCUAUGUUUUGGACUGAUAUUAUUCCCUCCAUUGGAAAAGGAUCCAGUUUUACGGACUUCUUCAAUUUGAGCAAUCGAGGUGUAAUUUGUCAUUUUACUCCUAAACUAUUCCAAAAUCAAGAUUUCAAUGAUUGUGGAAAUAUUUUCCCAUUUUCCUGGUUAUUCCUUGGGAGUUAUAUCUUAUUCAGUAUUGUAUCUGUGAAGUUUCUGAUGAUAUCUCAAUCUGCAGUCUAUACAAUUGCAGUUAUGAGUUCUUCUUUGCCAAUAGUAGGAAUAUGGUGGAGCCUUUUUAAGCUGGUUCCACUUCAGAAUGGAGGUUCUUCGAUUAUCUGGUCACCAUCACUUUCUGGGGAGUUGAUCUGCUCCCUACUGGGUCUUCCAAUAGUCCUGAUUGGGUUGUUCUUGUUUUAUAAAUCCCAUUUCAGGGACAACCAAUGGUCAGGUCUGACAUCCAAUUAUAGAACUUCGCCACCACAUACUGCAUAAAGUAAGCAAUGUAUUUAUUGGAAAAUAUUCAAUAUUUUGUGUUGUGUUGUUUGUGUGAAUAUUUAUGACUUAAUUGUUGUAAGAACUAAAGUAUAAGUUUUUUGGUAUUUUCUGUUGGCAAUCCAAAAUCUUUUUUUUUUUAUUCAACUUAAGUUUUUACCUAUAUUAUAUUGUUUUGAAUAUUGGCCUAAAUAGUUCAAGUAGUUUCAGAUUGCCUAACAACCAUAUAAAAUCAGGUUGCAUCUACUCAAUUGUUUUUGAAUAAUUUCACUAUUGAACAAUGGAUAUUUCAAUAACAAGCAAAUAUAAUUUAAUAUGAUGCCUAUUUAGAGAAAAAGAACAAACAUAAAUGAAUAGUAGAAAAACCUGACUUUUAUAGUGCCUGUGAUCCUGUAAUGCUAAAAAGUUUUUAUGAAGAACAGUUGUAAUUUUAUUCCUGAUGGGAAAAUGAUUGUGCCAAACCAAUUUAAUGAAUCGAAUUAUACAUUGUAGAAGAACUGGUUACAAGUUAGCAAUUGAAGUCAUUAAGAAAAAUGAAUUUUAGUGGAUUAUUUGUUUGUUUAUAGAUAUUGCUCAUAUUAUUGCUUGAGGCUCCAGCUCUUCUAUAUGCCUUUCAAGUCUUAUAUUUUUAAUAUGCAUCCUUAAAAUAAACCAUGUGCAGGUAGAAUAUUGCUCACAAAAGUAACUUAGAUAUAAAUAUUGAAUAAUUGAUGAAUUUGAUGGUACAAUUUGAUCUUUUUUAUGGAAAAUUUAAUGUUCUUGUUUUUUAGUUUAUUCUAGAGUAUUUAAUUAAUUUAGACAAUACAUUCAGGAAUUUUCUAGUCUCUUGAUAAUUCAAUUACUUUAAAUUAUAUCGUUUAGUUUGCUGAAUUAGUCACUUUUUGGGUUGAACGGGAUAUUGUAAAUAUUUUUAUUUUUAAUUUUUUAAGCAAGUGAUUUAAUAGAAGAAUUUCAUUUAUUUCUUGAAUAUAAAAUCAAUGAUUGGCCAAUUCAGCUUUUCCGUUAUAUAACUUAUUAAAUAAAGACUGAAUAAUUUAUAUUUUAUGAAGUAUUUAUAGAAAAUACAUGAUUAGUAAAAACCGAAGAAUUUUAUAUUUUAUUGUAGUUUGUGCUUGUAGGAAUUAUUUAAAUUUAAAUGUGAUAGUGUCAUUAAUAUAUAUAUGAAUAUAAAUAAUCUCUUUUAUUUGAUUAAAAUAUGUACAACAGCUGUAUUAUAAGUGAACUAAUUGUUGAUAAUUGUUAUGUAUAUUCUAAAUAGAUGUUUAUAAGUACAUGUACUGUAGAAUGUUGAAAACGAGUAGUUCUUCUGGAUAUAAAAAAAUUAUGAUUCCGUCUAACUGUCCGGAGAUUGAGGAAUUCGAAUAGGACAUUUUAUUGGUGAUAUAUUAUGUAUGUUUAUCUUUGUAUAUGGCUAUACACAUAUUAAAGAUUAAUAAAAACUAA